CUUAGGAUGGAUACAACAUUGUAAGGAUAAAGUGUUAUCAAGUGUUAUACGUAGUGCGGGUAAUCAAAGUGCAUUAUCGAAUACAAGCGAUAAUGGUAACCAAUCAGUGAUGACAAGUGAUGAUACCGUCGGUGUUCUAGUUGUUGAGAAUGGUAGUGAUGAGCAUAAUAAUGUGAAUAACGGGGGGCAUAGUAAUAGUGCAUUUAAUAGUGAUAUUGCAAGUGUUACAUCAUCAUCGAUAUCGAUUGUGCAUAAUCAACAUCAACAUCAUCAAGGAAUAUCGCCAGGAAGUGGUUUAAGUAAAAGUAUGCCAUCGUCACCGUGUGCAUCAUCGUCGGCUGCUUCGUCACAUUAUAAUAUGUCGAAUGGUAAUAAUAAUGAUUCGGCAUCUUCAUCGGCAAUGAUACAUCGUAAUGUGGCAUUAUUGUCGUCAACGAAUCGUUUUCAACAGAAUCGCAGAGAUAUGAUGCCAAUGCAUCGUGGACAUCAUCAGGAUAAUAAUCACAGACCAGUAUGUCGAAAUUGUGAUUGGACUACACCCACAUCACCAACGUCCAGUAGUGGUGGUGCAAGUGGUGUACGUAUUGAAGAAAUUGAUCCACCAUCCGGUUCAACAUCAUCAUCGGCGGGUGUACUAGCUACCAUACCGCCCCACACGACCACAACAUUACAUUCGUCAAGUAUAAAUAACAGUACAUCAUCAGUAACAAUGAUGAGUGCAGAAAAUUUACCAUCAGCAAUGAUCACAUCACCAGGUGCUGGUAAACAUCCACCAUUACCACCGUUACCUCCAUCAAUUCCAAAUAAUAGUAAUGGAAGCACUAAUUUAAUAUUGAAUGACGGUGGAGGCGGUGGUCAAUUGUGUUCGGAUCGGUUAUUGGGUAAAAAAGGAUCACCUUUUGUACAGCAUGCAGAUCCGCAUCGACAUUCGCAAUCGGAUGAUGAUUCUGGAUGUGCUUUGGAGGAAUAUACAUGGGUACCACCUGGUUUACGGCCUGAUCAAGUUCAUUUGUAUUUUUCUGCAUUACCAGAAGAUAAAGUGCCGUACGUGAAUAGUGUUGGCGAACGAUAUCGUGUCCGACAAUUAUUACAACAAUUACCACCACAUGAUAAUGAAGUACGCUAUUGUCAUGCAUUAUCAGAUGAAGAACGUAAAGAGUUACGUUUAUUUUCUGCUCAAAGAAAGCGUGAAGCACUUGGACGUGGUUCGGUGCGACAAUUACCUGCACCAAUGCCAUGUGAUAAUUGUGAAGAAUCAUUAUCGACUGGUGACAUUUGUGUAUUUGCAUCACGAGCUGGUCCCAACACAUGCUGGCAUCCUGCAUGUUUUAUAUGUUGUGUUUGUAAAGAGUUGCUAGUGGACCUUAUUUAUUUUCAUAGAGAAGGACGUCUUUAUUGUGGUCGACAUCAUGCUGAAACAUUAAAACCACGAUGCUCGGCAUGUGACGAGAUAAUUUUAGCCGAUGAAUGUACAGAAGCAGAAGGCCGUGCAUGGCAUAUGAAACAUUUUGCAUGCACAGAAUGCGAACGACAACUUGGUGGCCAAAGAUAUAUAAUGAGAGAUUCGCGACCUUAUUGUCUUCACUGUUUCGAUGCAAUGUUUGCUGAAUAUUGUGAUUCAUGUGGUGAUCCAAUCGGUGUAGAUCAAGGACAAAUGAGUCACGAAGGUCAACAUUGGCAUGCUACGGAACAAUGUUUUUGCUGUCAUACCUGUAGAAAUUCAUUACUUGGUCGUCCAUUUCUUCCACGACGUGGUGCUAUUUACUGCUCUAUAGCAUGCAGCAAAGGAGAACCGCCAACACCAUCAGAUAGUAGCGGUCCAGCUCCACGUAUACCACGACAAACGCGAACACGUAGAGCGCCAUCACCAACUGGCAGUAGUACACCACCACCUUCACCUAAUCACCGUCCUGCGCUUCCUCCACCAAGUCCCAGUAGUCCUGGCUCACCUACUGGACCUUUAAUGCAUGCUAAUCAAUAUACCAGAUACCACAGUCUGCCAAGAUCAUCACCACCAUUACGCUCGCCAAAAAUGGGCCGAAGAGCUUUACAAAGAUCUCCAAAGCCUCCACCAUUACCUACAACACCUCCACCAAAUGAAGACAGCGAAGAUUUAAUGAAUCGAGGAAUUCCACCAGCCGGUGGAAAAGGAUUAGAUCGAGUAAUUUUAGAACGAAACUUAGAACGACUAUUACAUGAACGAGGGGGUGCAUCAAAUAGUACUUCAGGCUCUCCACAACCAACAAGUCCAGAUUUAGAAAGGCUUCUGCAUGCUAGAGAUCGUAGUCGAGAACCUCUACACUUAGCAGAUUUAAAUUUAAGCUUAGAUGGAUGGGAACCACAUUCCCCAUCCCCACCUUUGCCUUUAAAUGUUAAUCCUCAAUGUGAAAAUAAUAAUGGAAGUAAUGUACCAGAAGAUGUUAAUCGAACAGGCCAUGCAGCAUCAAUGCCUGAACUUCCAGUCCAAUCAUCAGGUCAGUUAACGCCAUUAUCUCCUAGCUCACCGCAAAGAAGGACAAAACUAAGUGUACGAUUUCAAGGAGAUAAUAAUGAAGCUUUUGAAAACGAUGAGCCUGAUGCAUCUGGAAGUGAUCAUCGAGCGUUUCCAAGAAGUCAAAGUUACUCAGGGCGAUCAAAACAUCAACGUCGAACUGACGAUAGAAUGCACGAUCCAAGAAAAUCAAUAUCAGAAAGUCAUAUGGUACCAAGUAGCAGUAGAGAGCACGAUGACGAUGCUGAUAGUUAUUGUUCCACUUGCUCGUCUAGUUCAAGUAGUGAUGAUUUUGCUUAUGAAUUACCCCCACGAAGAGCUUAUGGAGGUGUUCGAAUUUCGUAUGUGCCGAAUGAUGCUUUAGCAUGUGCAAGACGACGUCAACAAACUGCUGGAGCAGGAACUUCACCAAAUAAAAAACCGAAUGCUGAAGAUAAAGAAAAGAAUUGCAUAAUCUCUUGAUUACUUUGUGGCUUUAUUAAAAAUUGAAUUGUAAAAUUUGUUAAUAGUGUAGAGUUCGUUAAAAGAAGUGACCGUCAAGCAUGUUCAAAUUAGUUGAU